AUGGGUAGAUGGAACUCCACCAGUGUGCCUGGCUUCAUUCUCAUGGGGCUGACGGACUCUGCAGAGGCAAAGCUGGUCCUCUCCGUGCUCUUUCUCCUGAUUUACCUGAUCACAGUGCUGGGGAACUUGGGGAUGAUACUGAUCAUUUGCCUGGAUCCCCAGCUUCAUACCCCCAUGUACUUUUUUCUCACUCAACUGUCCCUUCUUGACCUCAGCUACUCAAGUGUUGUCACCCCUCUAACCUUACAGAUCUUACUGACUUUGACCAAGAGCAUCUCCUUCCUGGGCUGUUUCACCCAGAUGUACUUUUUUAUACUUUUUGUUGCUGCUGAAUGUUUCCUUCUCUCCUCUAUGGCCUAUGAUCGCUAUGUAGCUAUCUGUAGCCCCCUGCACUAUCCAGUCAUUAUGUCCACAAGACUGUGCCUUGCCCUGCUCACUGGCUCCUAUGUUGUGGGCUUUGUGGAUUCCACUGUGGUUGCAGUUUCCAUGAGCAGACUGCACUUCUGCAAGUCUAAUGUCAUCCAUCACUUUUUCUGUGACACAUCUCCAAUUUUAGCCCUGUCCUGCAGUGACACUUCUGAGGUUGAAAUCCUUAUAUUCAUCUGUGCUGGCUUUUCCCUAGUACUGUCCCUCAGUACCAUAUCUGGAUCCUAUGUGUCCAUUCUAUCCACUAUUCUGAAAAUUAAUUCUACUGCUGGAAAGAAAAAAGCCUUCUCUACAUGUGCCUCCCAUCUCCUGGGAGUCACCAUAUUCUACAGCAGUACUAUCUUUACUUACCUAAAACCAAAGACAUCCUACUCCUUGGGAAGGGAUCAGGUGGCUUCUGUGUUUUACACUAUUGUGAUCCCCAUGCUCAAUCCUCUCAUUUACAGUCUCAGAAACAAAGAGGUGAAGAAAGCUGCCCUGAGAGUCCUGCAGAAGAGAGAGGGUGCUGGACAAUUAAGAUAA